AGCAGCAUAAUUAACUGUCUGAAGGCAGCCGAGCCUCCGCCGGCACCGAGCCGGCGAGAAGACAGCUCGGAGGCACGGGCUGCGACCGUGCCAGGGGCCGGGAGCGCAGCCGGCCGAGGGGCAGCCGACCGCUAACUGCGGCGGUCCCCCAGCUCUGGACAAAAGCGCCCAUCCGCGCCGCCACGUUGCUCUGGGUGACCUUCGCUGGGUGCAGAGUCCGCCCCUGCGCGCGUCCUCCUCCGAUGCUCUGAAGGCCCAGGGGCCGCGCUCCGAAGCCGAGGGAUGUCCGGCUGCAUCCGCGCGGGGCUCGCCUUUGUUUGCGCGUAACGGGCAGAGGCCGCCGAGGAUUCAUCUCUGCUUCAAGCCAGCACCUCUCCUUGGUUCUCAUGGGGACCACUGAAGCCACACUCCGGAUGGAAAACGUGGAUGUGAAGGAAGAAUGGCAGGACGAAGCUCUUCCCAGGCCACUCCAGGAAGAGACGGGGAUGGACCCACUUGGCAGCCCCACGGAAGACACGUCCUCCCCUCCCAACACGUUGAACUUCAACGGAGCUCAUCGGAAGCGGAAGACACUGGUCGCCCCGGAGAUCAACAUCUCCCUGGACCAGAGCGAGGGUUCCCUGCUGUCUGAUGACUUCCUGGACACUCCCGAUGACCUGGACAUCAACGUGGACGACAUCGAGACCCCCGACGAGACCGACUCGCUGGAGUUCCUGGGGAACGGCAAUGAGCUGGAGUGGGAAGAUGACACCCCCGUGGCCGCUGCCAAGAACAUGCCCGGGGACAGUGCAGACCUGUUUGGGGAUGGUGCAGCAGAGGAUGGCGGUGCCACCAACGGACGCCUGUGGAGGACAGUGAUCAUUGGAGAACAAGAACACCGAAUUGACCUGCACAUGAUCCGGCCCUACAUGAGGGUAGUGACCCACGGAGGGUACUACGGCGAAGGUCUCAACGCCAUCAUCGUGUUUGCUGCCUGCUUCCUCCCAGACAGCAGCUCCCCCGACUACCACUACAUCAUGGAGAACCUCUUCCUGUACGUCAUCAGCAGCCUGGAAUUGCUGGUGGCCGAGGAUUACAUGAUCGUCUACCUGAACGGAGCCACGCCCCGGCGGAGGAUGCCCGGCAUCGGCUGGCUGAAGAAGUGUUACCAGAUGAUCGACAGGAGAUUGCGGAAAAACCUGAAGUCCCUCAUCAUCGUGCACCCCUCCUGGUUCAUCCGCACGGUGCUGGCCAUCUCCCGUCCCUUCAUCAGCGUCAAAUUCAUCAACAAGAUCCAGUAUGUGCACAGCUUGGAAGAUCUGGAGCAGCUCAUCCCCAUGGAACACGUGCAAAUCCCAGAGUGCGUGCUUCAGUACGAAGAGGAAAGGCUCAAGGCCAGGAGAGAGAGCGCCAGGCCGCAGCCAGAGUUCCUCCUGCCCAGGUCCGAGGAGAAGCCAGAGGCGGCGCCGGCGGAGGGCAGAUCUGCUCCAGGUACAGAAGAUCAGGAGACGAGCCUGUCCUGAGGUGACGAGAAUACAGAGAAGGACAAGAAGAAGAUUCCAGAUGCCAAGAAACCUGUCAGACGCCCUCCGGCCCUGGACCUCAUCCCCUCCUCAUCCUGAGUCCCCGUCUUCGGAAGAUGCCAGUCUCCUCCAUCCAUCUCUGAAACCCAGCCUCCUUUUUAGCUGCUUGAAAAUAUUUUGUUUUGUUUUGUUUUAAACAACGCAGUAGUAGUGUGUUCCAGAAAAGGACCCGGUUCUCAGCCCUCCAUCCUUCCACGCUCAUGAGCUCAUGGCCAAGAAGAGCAAGAAGCUCAGGGCAUGGCCCGGGUGUCCUUGAUGGCUUCAGAGACCCCCUCCCACUGCACAAAGUCCUGAUUCAAGACCCUUCUCUUGCUUGUCACCUGGCCCACUUUGGAGCCACCAAUGCCCACCAGCUCCCUGGCCGGAUCUGGAUUCAUUCUUGUGCCUUUUCUCCUAGAAGAGCCCCUGCUGCUCUGGGCAUCCGGCCUGGAGGCUCAGCCCCCCACCUGUGCCAUGCCCCCGGGAACCUCCCAACCUUCCACCUCCUGGUUUUUCAUCUGACCAGCUCCCCCAUCUCUUCUGGUACCCACCUUCUUUGGGAGCAUCGGAGCCCACAGCACCAGUGAGCUGCCGAUAAUUACCCCAGCCCUUCAGUUAUAAAACCGCCCCUCCCCAUCUAGAACAUUCUCAAGCCCCUCUCACAUGGAUGCCACACCCCAGAGCAGUCCUGGUCAAUACCUCCUACUAAGGGAAUGAAGUGUCCCCACUUUCCUGAUUCCCCCCAUUGCAGGGUUGGGAUGCGCCCCUCAGGCUCCCACCAAGGGGAAACGGGCUCUGAACUGCGUGAAGGAAGAUACAGGGUAUUACAGGCUUGAGUAUUUGGAAGUUCACUUGGGAAAGGAAAUUCCCGUGGCCUGGAUGCUGUGGGGACCUGCAGUCAAAGGCGGAAAGUUGACCUUGGACAAAAGACAGACUUCUCUAAUGCGGCCCAAACACCCGUCGGGUGGCCGCUAGAGGUAGUGAGUUCCCCAUCUGUGGAGGCAUUUAAGAAAAGGCUGGGAAGCGCUUGCAGAAUGUGGUCCUCUGCAGUCUCCUCCAAUCUUAAGAGUCUCUAUUUAUAUAAAUCUGAGCGAAAGUUGACUGGGCACCUUCUCCGGGACCCUCCUACUGGCUCUGCAGCUAGCUUCUUAGCGGUCAAGAUUCAUGCGCGCUGAGUAUGAGGCUCUUGGCCUCAGUGGCAAUGUCAAAUGCCUCUCGACCUGGGACGUCAGGUGUUUGGAGGUUAUUCCAACAGUGGGAAGGAGCCGGUGGUGUUUAGUGCCGAGGAAAAGGAAUGCCCAACAUUUUGCUGCGCUGGAGAGGGUCCUGCACGUCAAGGAACUGCCCCACCCCAAACACCGGAGGCUACCACGUUGGAAAAUGAUGAGUUUCUGAGCGAGCUUGGGCACGCAUCUUCUGCGGCACAGCACUGCCCCAGGAAGGUGGGGACGCCUGGGGGCAUGGGGGGCUCUUAAAUGUGUGUUUCUGCCGUGUUUCCCGAAUGCCGAAUAAAGGACAGGACCUUGUUGGGGCCCAGGUGUGUCACCUGCAGCCUGAGGCAGCAGAGACUGGCAGAUGGGCCUCUUCCAGGCUGCCCUCCUAGAGACCCUACCCCCAAUCUGCUUGGGGCCUGCCCCAAACUCCAGGCCUGGGUGGCCGGCUGUCCUGCCCCAGGAUCAACACGUGGACCCCAAAGCUGCAAACUCCCACCUUCAUGCACGCAGUCGCCGCCCGGAGGCUGGAACCUGGCUGCAAGCUAAGGGAUAGGAACUGAUGCGGUCUACCCCGUGCCAGUUACUGAGCGCCCCGGGAGGCGACAGAGGGACAGGAAGCAGCAGACCCCAGCCUCCCGCGCCCCCCCCGCCGGAGGAGCCUGCAGGCUGCACAAGAAAUUGCAACGGGGUCCACCUGGCCCAGCAUGGCCGGCCCGCCGCCCCUCUGGACCACCAGCAGCCGCAGACAACAGGCAAGCGGGACCCAGGACCCAGCUCGGCCGCGGCAGCCCCUCUGGGAUCAAGAGAGACCCCGGGGGUGGGGGCUGUCUCCAGGCGUGAGAAGUCCCAGUGCACAGUUCCAUCCAGAGGGGGCCGGCUGCCGCCCGCACCUCAGAAGCGGCUUUGCGGAAGGCGUGUGUCUCCGGGGCGGUCGUGGCCAAAACGCAACGGACCCCGGACCCCGGACCUCGUCGGAAAGGGACGCUGGGUUUUCGUCCCGGGACACGGGAUGCGUCCUAAGUCGUAGUUCACACGCCCAUCCUAACGACAGCGAAUUUUGUGGUUUUUAAAAACAAAACAAUUCAUUAGGAUUACUGUCAUGAUGUUCAGACAUCAUUUCCAUGAGCUUUGGGGGAUUUUUAUGUGGAAAUAAAGAAGCGGUGACUGAGAA